AUGACAUGGUCUGGGCAUAUCACCACUACUAUCACGCUGAUAAGGAGGCCAGGAAGUUUGGAGUGCAGAGACGGACGGACGGGAGGAGCCGGAGAGCGGACCAGUCCGUCACACAGUCAACGCUCGAACAUGGGUCAAGCCAGCUCACAACUGCCAGAGCACCAACUCGAACAGCUCAGUAUCGAGAGCGGACUGUCACGAAGCGGUAUAGUAACCCUGUACAAGCGAUUUUUGUCGCUGGCCACACAUCGCGAUAAGGAGACAAAUGAGCAUUUUCUGACGGAGAUCGACUUCCAAAGUAUCGCCGAACUUCAACAAAAUCCACUUGGUCAACGGAUUAUCGACGCGUUUUUCGCUGACGCUGAGUAA